GCAUCUUCAGUGUGGGUACCCGGCUGUGAUAGCUUGCGGCUUCACAGCCGGGUGCCCACUGCGCAUGCGCGAGUAGCGCUGCUCUUCAUGAAUGGCCCCGUCGUCUUCUGGGACCUGUCACAUGUCCCACAAGACUUCGGGGAGGGAGGGUAGGAGGACAACUUCCGUUUCCGAUCACCUAGGUGAUCGGACUGGAAGUGGGAGCGGGUACCUGUCAAAUUCAGGUACCCGCUCCCCCCCCUGCUCCUCAAAGGUGCCAAUCGUUAAUGGGGAGCGGGGGAGCAGUCCUUAAAGCGGAACUUUCCCUUUUGGGUAGAGCUCCGC